AACUUCUUGCCUUGUCCGUAUGGCCUUUAUAUAAAAACUCGCCUCGAAGCCAAAGCCUUUGAACCACUCGAUCGCCCUCCUCCUUGGAUUCCUCGAUCUCCCCUUCGAACUCGAAUCAAAUCGAAGGCGACGAGAGCAGCUUCGACAUGGGCUUGCAGGAGGAGUUUGAGGAGCACGCGGAGAAGGCCAAGACCUUGCCUGACACGACCACCAACGAGAACAAGCUGCUGCUCUAUGGGCUCUACAAGCAGGCCACCGUCGGCCCAGUCAACACCGCCCGGCCCGGCUUUUUCGACCUCAAGGGAAAGGCCAAAUGGGAUGCUUGGAAGGUCCUCGAAGGUAAAUCCAAAGAGGAAGCGAUGACUGACUACAUCACCAAGGUGAAGCAGCUGCUGGAGGAGGCUACUGCUGCUGCUGCAUCCACUUCAUAGGCUGCAAAAAUACAAUUAGUACCAUACACAUGGGGCCGCAGACAUAAACACAGUUAAAUUGUUGCUUGUCAAACUUAUCGUCGUGAAUAACUUUUAUAUUAGGACUGUAAUUAAGCUUUGUGAUACAUGAAAGCUCACCCUCGGUUUACGCCUUGAUUAUUCUUGUAUCGAGGGUUCUUAUAAGGGUUUGGUAAUACAUGGUACCGAUCACCGGUCAGGAAGAACAACCGUGUAACGGUUCCAA